CUUAUCUUCUCCAAGCAGAAGAAGAAGAGAAGACGGAUUGACCGCACCAUGAUUGGGGAACCAAUGAAUUUUGUCCACCUGACUCACAUCGGCUCUGGGGAGAUGGGGGCUGGAGAUGGACUUGCCAUGACAGGUGCAGUUCAGGAGCAGAUGAGAUCCAAAGGAAAUCGAGACAGGCCGUGGAGCAAUUCUAGGGGCUUGUAGCUCCCAUAGGAAUGGUUUUGGUGUCUUGAAGCUCCCACUCUGUGUCCAGCCCAGAAGAAAUGCUGCCCCUACCAGAUCCUUCUAGAACCAGUGACCCAAGGGCCCCUCUUUCCUUCCUGCCUAACAGUGCCUCAAAAGGCGUGGGGGCUGGACUCCCUCUACUUCCUCUGGCUAUUGCCCCUCCUGGUGAUGGGGUCAAGGCGGCAGGACUGACCAAGUGAUUACCCAUUGGCCAGAGGAGCUCAAUGGAAGCCCUGGGUACCCGAGAUCUGAGCUAGGAGUUCUGUGGAAACCUGGAAUGAAUUCCCCUCUCCUGAAUGAUGGUCUGGGUACCAACUAUUUUAAACUUCUUAUCUGGAAUUCCUUAAAUGGGGCAGGUAGGUGAGAUUACAAAGCAGAAGUCAGCUUUGCUGAGAAGCCCCCUACUUCCCUGUACACCUCUUUCCUUCUGGAAUGAGCUAAAGCAGUUAUCAGGGGGCUGGAAGGGGGACCACUGCCUAAUCCCCUCUUUCUCUUAAGAUUUCAGAUCUUAAGCUCCUCAGUUUCACUCUCCCAGUAUCAGGGAGAGUUGGGCCUCUAGUUGGGCCUCUAACCCUGUAUUUCUAUAGCAUUACUAGCAUCCCAACAAUGUUCCCUUUAAAAAAAAAAAGUUUUAAUUUGAGCUUUUUCAAUUGGCCCUAUCCCGCUACUACUUCUGUCCUUAACCUCCUCCCUAUUAGGAACUUCGUUAAAUAAGAGGUAUGAGGUGGCUCUUAACCAGAUGACAUUCCAUUUAAGUCUUGCAGAGACUUAGCAUAUCCUCUGCCAACCUCCCCGCUGGCCCAGAUGACAGGAGGAAGAGGGGGUGGAUAGAAAGCCACAGAUUGCAGAAAAACUAGGCGUGGUCUUGAAGUGGACUUCAUCCUUAGGGACGGUGAGAUGAGUAGGUGGGAAACAGUUAUCAGAGAGUAAUGACCAUAAGAUCUUCAUAGCAUGCAAGCACGGGGAGGUGCUAGCACAUUACAGACAUUCUUGUAAUGAAGAGCUGUAUCUUACAAGCUAUUUAGUGGCAUCCCUGGCCCAUCUCAGUUAAGACAACCAAAAAUAUCUCCAGAAAUUGUCAAAUGCCUUCUAAGAUAAAAAUCACUUACAGUUGAGAGCCACAGCUCCAACGAUGUUUCUCUUAAGUGAUUUCAUUCAUGUUCAGCUUGACCCGUGGAUGACCCAGGCCCCCUAAUAGAAUAUGCUCAAAAGAGCUGCUCAUAAUCUUUAUUCAGUGUAUUGCUUGUGCUUGCAGGAGUUCAAGUUUCUCUGGUGGACAUGUGCUAUGCUUCUUUUCUUGCCCAGUGGAAGAGGGGCAGUGUGGAGACGUGACUAGGGUGUGUUGGCAUUGGAGGAAGGGGAGGUAAAAGCGGCAGACAUACCUUAGUUGUCUUCCCCAAGUUCUAUUUCUGUGCCCUAGUCCUAGAACCAGACACAAAUAAGACUCAGGGAGUUUUGUCUGAAGACCAUGUCCCACUCUCACCUGGCUAGACAGUGCUUUAGAUAGAAGGGAGAGCAACGUAGGAGAGCAGGGUCUUUAGGCAUUUUCAGUUUUCUCAGGUGUUUUUUUGUUUGUUUGUUCUGGCCCUUUCUUUAAGGGUAAUUAGGCAGAAUAAGACUGAAGAGUUCCUGCCUGCUCUAAGACAAGAAAUCUGGCAUCAUUAGCUCUGGUAUAGGAAGCCUGUUUUAUGGUAGUGGGGUAAGGAUUGUAGGAACUGAUAGUCAUUCUGCUGAUUCCACUGUCUGUCCAGUCUGUCCCCACCUACAGUGGCUGAGGUUCUACCAUGUUUCCGGUUCCAAUGUAUUUCCUGCAGUUUUUAGGGUCUAAGACCGGUCAUCAAUUUACUCUGUUACCAAUUUAUUCUGUUUCAUCAAUCUAGGUGCUCUAAAAGCAGCCUACCUUGCCGCCCUAAAGGAGUGCACUAGACUGGAGAUCUAAAGGGGUAACAGGAUAGGGUAGAAAGGUGGGGGACUCCAGACCUCCAGCCUCAUCCUAAUACCUAUUCUUUGGACACAGUCUUCUCUUUGGUGCUCUCUUGCCUUGAGCUACCUUCUCUUACGUGUAUGCUAGCAUCACUUUAACAAUAAAGUGAUAGGAACGGGUUUGAGAGUCAUAAUUUAUAUUGAAAAAUUGUUAAGACUUUUAAAUACAUUUUUCAAAUAAAAAAUGUAAGCAAAAUAA